UUUCUUUAAGGGGCGGGGUCCCCUUUUCGCAACCCGGAAAUGUACAUUGUUUUCGUCGUAGCAGGGAGGAAUGGGCUACUGAGUUCACCUUUCCCUUGAAAAGAAAUGGAUUUGGAGAACAAGCACGAUGAAAAAAGGACAGCCGGAGGUCCAGAAAGUGAUGCUGACCCGCAGACGCCUGUAUUGCGCAUCAGCCAGCUGGAUGCCCUCGAGCUGGAUUCGGCACUUGAGCAGCUGCUUUGGACCCAGUUCUCCCAGUGCUUCCAGAACUACCGCCCGGGCCUGCUCACCCCUCUGGAGCCUGAAUUGAGGGCACUGCUCCAGCUGCUCCUAUGGAGGUUCACACUGUACUCUAGCAAUGCCACAGUGGGCCAGUCCUUGCUGAGCCUGCGCUACCACAACACCCUCUCCUCGUCUCCACGUUUCAGACCUCUCUCACGCAGGCAGAAGUUGAGUCUGUUGCUGCUCACCGCAGGUCCACGCUGGCUUCAGGAACGCUCCCACAGCCUGCUGCUCGGUUUGAGCACAGGAGGGCCCAUGUCUGAAGGUGGUUUACUCCAACAGGGUCUCCGCAAAUGCCUAAACCUUGUUUCUAGUAUUGCCCAGCUCACUAGUCUCAUCAACUUCCUUGUGUUCCUAAGAAAAGGUCACCAUCCCGUCCUGGCUGAAAGGAUCAUUGGAGCCCGGGCAGUUUUCAGCAAGCCCAACGUGGUCCGGGACGUAACCUACCAGUACAUGAACCGCGAGUUGCUUUGGCACGGCUUUGCCGAGUUCCUCAUCUUCCUGUUACCACUGAUCAAUACACGGAAACUGAAGGCAAGAGUAUCUUCGAUUGUUUUUGGCCGAGAUAAAACCGCCGGAGCACCGGAAGGACAAGGGGUGUUCAAAGAGUGCGGACUGUGCGGAGAGUGGCCGACCAUGCCUCAUACGGCGGGCUGCCAGCAUGUUUUCUGCUACUACUGCAUCAAAAGCCACAGCAUUGCAGACGCUUACCUCACCUGUCCCAAAUGUGGUGUGGAGGCGGAAGAGCCCAAGCUGGUCAAGAUGGAGGUAGAGAUGAUUGGCAGGUGAUGAUGAUGUAAAGGAGCUGUCAUGGCCCAGUUUGUUUUGAAAUUGCGGAGACUUAUUGUAUUAUUUGUGUGAUGAUGUAAAUGUGUCUCAAAGUUUACCACAUUUUGAUAAGAUGUGAUUAAUAAUUAAACUUCAUUAAGGAAAGACACUUAGACUGACAGGAAUAUAAUGAAACAGAGAGAAAGGGGAGCCUCUUUUAGGAGCAGCCCUCGCUUCUGGACGAGUCACAUGGCAGUCAUGUAUGAGUCUCUGACUGGACUUCAGUCUUUAUGAUGUCUGUGUCUUUUCUGUACACACCGUCCUGCUGUGUGUAAUGUAUGUGUGCAUAUAUUGACAAUCCCCUGCCCCCUCUCCGUUUCUCCAGCUGGACUUUGGACAGAACUAUUUGUCUUGGGUGCACUGGACAGACUACGGAGAACCACACAGAGCAUAUAUUUGAUGAGUGAACGUGUUGAUUUAUGCUCCAAAUUGGCUGCGUGUUAGCACAUGUGAAUGCCCGCGUGUGUGUGUGUGUGUGUGUGUGUGUGUGUGUGUGUGUGUGUGUGUGUGUGUGUGUGUGUGUGUGUGUGUGUGUGUGUGUGUGUGUGUGUGUGUGUGUGUUGAAAUGGGAAUAUUUGUUCUGAUGAAAAAUGCAGAAAGUCAGCUGAAUAAAUAAUGGGAGGAAUUUCUGAUGCCUCUCAUCAUGGCCAAAUUA